GAAGAAGCCACGUUUUAACUGAUCAUCUCUCUCUCGUGCAUUCUUCAACGACAUUAGCUGUUUCUACACCGAUCACACACCACAGAUCUGAGCUCCGCCACCUAGCGAUAGAAUUCUCCCCAGAUUUUUUUUAUUUCAGGAGUAAUUUCGAUCUAAACUAUGUCUUCCACAUUCAGCGGCGAUGAAACUGCUCCCUUCUUCGGAUUCCUUGGCGCAGCUGCUGCCCUCGUCUUCUCAUGUAUGGGUGCGGCCUAUGGGACAGCUAAAAGUGGUGUAGGUGUGGCAUCAAUGGGAGUUAUGAGGCCGGAGCUGGUAAUGAAAUCGAUUGUGCCGGUGGUCAUGGCUGGUGUUUUGGGUAUAUACGGUUUGAUUAUCGCUGUCAUUAUCAGCACCGGUAUUAACCCUAAAGCCAAGUCCUAUUACCUUUUUGAUGGUUAUGCCCAUCUCUCUUCUGGUCUUGCCUGUGGCCUAGCUGGGCUUGCUGCUGGAAUGGCUAUUGGUAUUGUUGGAGAUGCUGGUGUUAGGGCCAAUGCUCAACAACCAAAGUUAUUUGUGGGAAUGAUCCUUAUUCUCAUUUUUGCUGAAGCUUUGGCACUCUACGGUCUUAUUGUUGGAAUUAUCUUGUCCUCGCGAGCAGGCCAGUCUAGAGCCGACUAGGUAACACGCUAUUAAUUUAAUUGCAUUUGAGAGAGUAUAUAGUACUCCUGGAGUUCAGAGCCUGGAGAGAUUUCAAUUGUGGCAGGUUGAGGGAACCAUGUUGUACUACGACUACUUUUCGCGGUUGAUGAUGCCGGGUUUUUUUUGUUUCUUGGUGCUGUUUGUAUACAAUUAUUCGUUUUCUGCAGAAUAAAAGCUUCUUUGAGAGCUGUUUAUAUCUGAUUAAA